UAAAAAGGAAUCAAUGAAGGGGAAACAGUAGACCCUAGACACAUCAUUACCUAAUGGUUCAGAAUGACCAGAUUUGCGGCCAAGUAAUCAAUGAAGGGGAAACAGUAGACACAAGACACAUCAUUACCUGAUGGUUCAGAAUGACCAGAUUAACUGGCAAGUCUCUUUGAACUUUGAAUCACUUACUUGGGUUUUGCCACUACUCUGCAGAAAGAGAAAAUCUUGUUACCAGGCGUCUCUGGUGAGGAGCUAGUUAGUGUCGGCUUUGGUACAUGUCAAUAAAUCCUCUUGGUAGUCUUCUUGUUCAAAAGAAUCAAGUCUCAGGCCUCUCUUCCACUUCCUCCCAUGGCUCCGAGAAACGGGCUUCGCAUCGUAUUGUUCCCAUGGUUAGCUUUUGGUCAUCUGAUACCAUAUCUGGAGCUCUCCAAGGGCUUAGCUAAAAGGGGUCAUCACAUCUCCUUCAUUUCCACACCGAGAAACAUUGAAAGGCUUCCUAAACUUCCUCAUAAUCUAUCCCAUCUGAUUAAUUUUGUGAAGCUCGACUUACCUCCGGUGGCCAACUUGCCGGAGGGAGCUGAGGCUACUUCUGACCUCCCAUUUGACAAAAUCCAGUACCUUAAGAAGGCCUUAGAUGGUUUAGAGGGAUCUUUCGCUUGCUUUCUUGAGAGCUCAGCUCCAGAUUUGAUUAUCUAUGACUUCUCCCAUCACUGGCUUGAACCCAUUGCAGCUAAACAUGGUGUUCCAUGUGCCUACUUCAGUAUAUUCAUUGCUUCAACGCUGGCCUUCUUUGGCAGCCCAUGGUUGCGUAUGGCCGGCGAAGAUACCCGAACAGAUCCGGAGCACUUCACUGUUCCCCCUAAGUGGUUUCCUUCCCAUUCCAAUCUUGCAUUUCGCCUCUAUGAAAUGUUUAAAAUCUCUAACUCCUUUUGUGAAAGCGAUUCUGGUGUGUCCGACAUAGAUCGAUUCAACUCGGCAGUCCUCGGAGCCAAUUUUGUAGUUGUGAGGAGCUGUGAAGAAUUCGAGGGCGAUUCUCUUCGUAUCAUGCGGGAGAAACUCUACCGGGUACCAGUCAUUCCAAUAGGUCUUCUUCCUCCAUCAUCAGAGGAAGAAGAUACAUCGGAAAACAAUGAUGAUGGUGAAUGGGAUAAUAUAAAAAAGUGGCUAGACAAGCAAAGAGAAGGUUCUGUGGUUUACAUAGCAUUUGGGAGUGAAUCAGAACUGAGUAAAGAAGAAAUGCAUGAGGUAGCUCUUGGGUUAGAGCUCUCUGGGUUGCCCUUCUUUUGGGCACUAAGAAACCCAGCAGGGUUGCUACCAUCAGGUUUUGAGAGCAGAACUCAAGGUCAGGGUUUUAUCUGUUUAGGAUGGGCUCCUCAGAGAAAGAUAUUGGGACACCCUUCAGUGGGGGUUUUCUUGACUCACUGUGGGUGGAGUUCGGUAAUUGAAGCUCUUGCAAUAGGUUGCCCUCUUGUGUUAUUACCUCUAUCAAUCGAUCAACCUUUGAUUGCAAGGUUGUUGCUGAGCAAGAACAUUGGGGUAGAGAUUCCAAGAGAUGAAGGAGAUGGGUCGUUUACAAGGGAUUCGGUGGCCAAAUCACUGAAGCUUGUAGUAGAGGACACAGAGGGAGAGCUUCACAGGGCCAAGGCCAGGGAGAUGAAACAACUGUUUGGAGACAAGGCUCGGCAUGACCGAUACGUGGAUGAUUUCGAUCAAUACCUUAGAAUUAAUUAUGGGUGCUGUUGAAUUGGGGGACUCCUUAAUUGGUGGCAGUGUGUUCUGUUUGUGUUGUGUUUGUUAUAUAAUUGCUGCUCUCUAUAAUCUUACAGUGUAUGUCAUCAUUGAAUGGAGAAUGCUGAUAAGGUGAUUGAUGCGGUGAUUUCAUGGAGGGUGAUGAAGUGCGAUAGGAUGAUGCGAUGAAGAGUGACUGGUGCGGGAAGGUUUGCAGAAACGGCGGAUGAAGGCUCGGUGAAGCAGAGAUUUAGAGGUGUGGUGCAGGGUGUUACAGGGCUGAAGAUGAAAAAGAUGAAAUAGUGUCUAGAGAUAAGAGGGAUAUUUGAGUUCAUUUACUCCGCACAUCUGGAUUCUUUGUUUGCUAUGCUUCAAUAUUGUCCCCCUACUUUUACCAAAAAAAAAUGUUAUUUGUCCCUCUACUGAAUAAAACCAAGUUGUUCCAAAUA